AUGUAUCGAGGUCUCGGCGGGUUCGCGCCGUCAACGGCGGCCGUCGCGGAGUCGUUUUCCGCCGCGUUCCAGUGCGCGUCAGAUUCACCGGAUCUGGACACGGAGGGUGGGCCCGUGCGAAUCGAAGGAGCGAGGGUUCUGGGUCCGCUGGACGACUAUAUCGAACCUGACAAUAACGAGCACGCGGAGCUGGAACCUCGGGAUGGCCACGAACCGCAGCAGCUGUCGCAGGACGAAGUUCCACGUCAGCAGACGCGUAAGGGUGCUGUCGGCAGCCGUUUUUUCGGGCAGCAGAAAAGUUCAGUGGCGGAUAGUAGCCCAGUGGGAAAAGGGAGGACUCCAACUCAAGAUUUCCGUGCGGGACCAAGCGUUGGGCAAGACGCCAGUAUGCCGUCAGAUCGUGUGCGAUCUGUAAAUGGGAUGCUUACUAACGGGAGUGCUAGUAACGGGAAAGCAGGCAACGGCGCUCGCAGUAACAGCACAGAGCCUGUGGCCAUUCCCAGACGAACCCUCAAGAUCAAGCCGCUUCAUCAGCUGACGAAACCGGUCCUACAGCCCGACCGUGCUGCUGCUGGUGGUGCUGGUGGUGGUGCUGCUGCUGGUGAGGAGGGGAAUGAAGGCGACGAGAAAAGAAAGGGACCCGGAGGUUCGUCCGCGUUAGUGUCGCCUCCGCUUCCGUCCAUUGACUCGUUCGCGCACACUCGCCGCCUGCAGAGCCUGUCGAGCUUCAAGCCACGGUCUCGCCUGCUUGGCCGGCAGUCUCAAGGGGGGGAGAUAGGGGAGAAGGGAGGCGUUACUGCCACUGCUGGCGCUGCUGGCGCUGCUGGUGCUUCUGGUACUGCUGGUGUUGCUGCCACUGGUGGUGCUGGUAACCCGUCAGGUAACAGCAGCACUGUGUCGUUCUCUAGCCGAGCGUCCCAGCUGCAGCAGCGGCAGCAGCCGCUUGUAAUGGGGCCCUUCCGUGUUCCCAGGCGGCUGAACGCGAACGCAGCGGAGUUAAGCGCUCGUGAGGAUACGUCGUGCACGACUGCUGCUACUGGAGCGUCCAGUAACGGGGAUGGCGUGCGGGGAGGGUCCCUGGGCGGCAGGGUAGCGGGUGAAGGGGAAGGUGUAGCUAGGGACGGGUUUCGCAGGCUGCAGAAAGGUGGGCGGAGAGGUUUGGCCGGUAGUGCGACCGCCGCCGCCCCUGGAGUGGAUCAGAUGAGGAGUGAUCAGGUAGAGGAUGAGAUAGAGGGGUUUAGUGUUGGGGAAGGAGAGGGGAGAGGAGAGGGAGAGGGUUUUGGGCGUGCAGGGAUGUUGACAGAGUCGUCCCGUGGAGGAGGUAUGGACGUGGGAAGAGAGGGUGAUGGGAGAAUGCAGGGGAAGAGGAAGAGGCGAAAGAUUGUUCUAGUGGGUAGCGACGGCAGUGAUGGGGAUUAUGAAGAGGAGGAGGAGGUGGAGGAGGAGGAGGAGUGGGGGGAGGGGAAGAGGGUUUCACCAUUCAAACGAGGGGAUGAUGCAGGAAGGGGUGCUGCUGCCACCAAUGCAGCCACUUUCAAUGCGAGGCGGUUCUUUGGAGUGAGGCAGCCCCGGGACGGCCCUACCCAGGGGGGUCCGCAGAUGGGCCCCGGCAGCAGCGGGGCCGUGCAGAGGGCGGAGCGGGAGGAGCUGCGCGCGCGCCUGCUGGCGCUGCACGCCCCCAGCAAGGGCUGGCGCUCUGCUAGAGACCCGGGGGCGGUUGAGGAGCAGGGGACGGGGACGGGGACGGGGACGGGGAAGGGGGUGGGGAAGGGGAAGGGGAAGGAGAAGGGGAAGGGGAAGGGGAAGGGGAAGAAGGGAGGGAAGAAAUCGGGGAAGGAUCGGUGGGAGGACGAGGAUGAGGAGGAGGAUGAGGAGGAUGAUUGGAUUGUUGAGGAUGAUAUAGACGAGGAGAUAGAGGAGGAGAUUGAGGAGUUGGAGGGUUUAGAGCUGGAGGAGGAGGAUGAUGAGGAUGACGAGGAAUGGGAGGAGGAGGAGGAGGCAGAGGAGGAUGAAGAUGAGGAGGAGGAAGAGGAGGAGGGAGGGGAGGGGGGGAGGGAGUACAGAGAGAAGAAGGAAGAGGAGAGUGAUCCUGUGCUUGAGGCUCUGAGAAAAUCCGAGCAGAUUGCUGCAGCACUGAAGCAGAAGCUGCUGCUGUCUGCUGGGCGGAAGCAGGGAGUGAAAGGGGAGAUGGGGGGAACAGGGGAGAAAGGGGAGAAGGGGAAGCGGGGGCUGGAAGGGGGGUAUGCGGAGACGGAUGAGUCGGCUGCGAGGCUGAUAUCGCAGGAUGACGUGUCGGCAGCGUGUGGGGAAAGUGUGCAGCUGAAGGGGUACCAGCUGGUGGGGGUCAACUUCCUGCUGCUGCUGUACCGGCAGAAGGUUGGAGGAGGUGAGUAG